AAUCAGCUGUCGCUCGCUGUGAAUGGCUAAAGGUGAAAGAAGAAGAAGAAGCUGCGAUUUGUGUACGUGUGUGUUUUGAGUUAGCGACGUGGUGAUUACCACGGAACCGAUCCGAUCCGAUCCCCGAUAGAAAUCAGCACUUCCAUGGAGAUGCGCGUUCCGCACCAGCCAGCAGCCCUGCUGCUACCUCUCAUCCUGAUCCUCGUCGGCUCCACGAGCGGGCAACGCGUAGCUCCCGGCGUUAAUCCGCAGCACUAUCAACAAGUUCCGCAGCAGGUGCCCCAGCACCAUCCGCCACCACCACCGCAACAUCAGCAGCAAUACCAGCAACAGGUCCAUUCGGCUCCCGGAGUGCCGCCCGUGCAAUAUCAAUAUGAACAGGUGCCAGUGCAGCAGCAGCAGCAACCGGUGCAAUAUCAGCAAGUUCCUGUGCAACAGCAGCAGCAUCAGCAGCCGCCAGUCCACCAGCCCCAGCAGCAACAAGUGCACCAACAGCAGCAACAGGUUCACCAACAGGCACAUGCCGGUGGCCACCACCAUGGCCAGCCGCAGCAAGUGCUGAACACCGGAAACAUCCAGCAAGAGCGAGCUCAUAUCCAAGAGCACAUGCAGGUGCCCAUCGAUACGAGCAAAAUGUCUGAGGCUGAGUUGCAGUUCCAUUAUUUCAAGAUGCACGACUCCGACAACAACAACAAGCUAGACGGCUGCGAGCUGAUCAAGUCUCUGAUCCAUUGGCACGAGCAAGGCAGCAAGGAGCAGCCGAACGGCGACAAGCCGCAUGUUGAGGAGAAGGUCUUCUCCGACGAGGAGCUGGUUGCCCUCAUCGAUCCCAUCCUUCAGAUGGACGACACCUCCCGUGACGGCUACAUUGAUUAUCCCGAGUUCAUCAAGGCCCAGCAGAAGGCGGCCGAGAAGCAGCAACAGCAGCAGCAACAACAACAGCAGCAGCAACAGCAGCCGCAACAACAUCAGCAGCCUAUUCAUUAGUAGACCCCUAGAUCCGUUUAGUUCGCACACAUAACCAAGUCCUGGUCCUUGUGAUGGUUCACACAUACUCCUGCUUUGUUCCCAACACAUCAUGAAAUUACGUCGACGUUGUAAGCGGUUUUAGCGCAGUCCCUAAAAUCUAGUUGAACCAAUUUUACUUAACUUGCUGCAAGCAUUCCAUCGGAGAACAUCAUUGAACAAAUUGAAACCAAUCCUUCCAAGAACUUUUCCAAAAGCUACCCAUUUCGAAUAGUGAACACGAAUCUCAAGUGGUUUGUGCAAUUUCAACUGCUUUGUUCGUUUUUUGUUUUCCAUUGUCAUAAUUUUAGUUACUUUCGAUAUAAAAUAAUUUUUAAGCGCAACUAGAGAGCAGCAACAAAAACAGACUGAUUGUUUAAACGUUUGUUUUUUACAAAAAAAAGCGAGAAAAUUACGCAAAAAAAUGAAUCGAAGAAAGCCCCAACUAAGUGAAAACCUUUUUGAAACUGAAACAUUCAAUUUGUAAGUAAAAACCGAUUUUGUGAAUAAAGUCAAAUCCAAAUCGUAGAAAGUCGAAUCUAUUUUCUUCCAAGUAGACUUGAAGGCUUUACAUUUUGUGGUGAUAGUGGCUUUCGACUAAUAUAAUCAUUGCUAAGUGAGAGUGACUUAUACAUUAAGUGUCAUCCCAUUAAUUAAUUUUUCAGUCAAAGAGGCUCCAGGGAAUCCAGACGAGGUGCACGUGGAACACGGAGAGGAGCACAAGGCUGGCUCGGUUUACACGGAUAAAGCCCUAGAGGAAACCAUCGACUAUGUCCUGAAGUCGAUGGACCUGAACAACGAUGGCUUUGUGGACUGGGCCGAGUACCGAAAGACUGAGGCGAAUGUUGGCAAGGACUAGACCAGUUGAAGUCCUUAGAGAGCCGUAGAACUUGACAAUUGUUGACAUAUUUUAUCCUUUUUCUAAUCCAUUCUGAUCUGAGCCACCUUGGUGAUUUCUAUAUAUCGCAUAAAUUAUAGCCAUAAAAGAUCACAUGAAUCAAAGUUGUUUUGAGCCUUUUAUACUUUUGCAAAUAAAAUGAAAAUAAAAAUCUAUUUUUAUAUGAA